AUGAUUUCGAUGGCUCUUCAAAUCUUGGCAGUCGCACUUCCGCUGCUCAUCUCCUCUUAUUUGCUCGUUUUCUGUAAGAGCAAGAAGAGAAAAUCUUCGUCUCCGUCCGUGCCUCCGAGCAGCAAAGUGAGCAAGAGCCUGGGGACCAGAUGAUGAGCAAAACGGUUCUUUUCAGUCGACGCCCCCGAAAGAUCCACUCAAAACUGUUCCCAAAUUAGAAGCGAACAAUGUGGAUGUGACCGCUUUUCCGUACAAAGACGACGAGAAUGAGGAGGAGAAGAAGGAGCCGCUUGGUGAUUCGGGUGAAGACGAAAAAGAAGACGAUGAGAAUGAUUUCAGUGUCGGUCGGCCCCAAAGAUACUCUCGAAUUCCCCUUCGGAUCGACUUCCCAACAGAAAAUGACCAUCAAAAAUGUGUCGAAGCAGAAUGCGAUCUUCAUGGUUCAGCUCUCGAGCCCAGCAGUCUAUCGGUGAGCUCUCGGACUCUUCCGCAAGCCCGUUUCCCUUCCAGAUCUGCUCCGAUCUUUGGAAUCCUUGCUCCGAACGCCACCGUCAAUGUGAUCGUCACCCGAACGCCAUCGAAAGAGAAAAAGGAGGAGAAGCUGGUCGUGGUGAACUCGGAAGCGCCGAAAGAAGUGAAAGAGAAAGACUUGGAGAGUGUGUUCAAGACGCUCAAACCGACCGGAGGCAAUGUGGAAGUGAAGCUGAAGACGAAGUAG